AUCGCCAGGUGUGCGGCGACAAGGAGGAAAACAGCUUUAGACGACAUAAUUUCUGAGCCGAGCAUCUAUUUUAUUUCAGACAUGCUGUUUGUACAGGAAUCAGACUCAAACUCAGCCAAAGCGACAGCAAUCAUGGCAGAAGUGAAUUACUGACACAAAUAUAACUCAUACUGCUGGAGACAUGAAGUGAGAACUAGAGAGGACCCAAGGAGACAAUUGGAAAUUCCUGCCUUUGAAAGAAGACUAGGUGGAAGGACAAUAGAGGAACCUGGAAAGGAGUUACAGAAAAGGAAAGGUCAAAAUGUUGCAGAGGCUGAUUACUGGGGCGAGGAUCAGAAAGCAUCUUCCACAGGGCAAAACGGACAUUACUGCGGUUCUAACGACAGACCAGGAAGCUUCAGGAAUUGAUUCAAAAUCUGAUUCACCUACACCAAGCAGUGGGUCCAUUACAGAUGACGAUGAAUCUGACUUCAGUGAAGAAGAAAUACGAAUGUCUGAGGAUCACAGACCAGCCUCUCCUGCUCUAACCAGUGUCUCCAUGAGAAGUGACUGCUCCAGGGAUAUUAAAGCUCAAUUCAAGGAAGGAGAAACAAGCCUGCCUUACUAUCACAGACCAGCAUCUCCUGCUGCCAGCCUUAGUUCUGAGAGUAGUGACUGGUCCAAUGGUCGGGGAAUCGAUUUCCAGAGAGAAGCUGCAAGAAUGCCUGAGGAUCACAGACCAGCCUCACCUACUCUAACCAGUGUCUCCAUGAGAAGUGACUGUAUCAGGGAUAUUAAAGCUCAAUUCAAGGAAGGAGAAACAAGCCUGCCUUACUAUCACAGACCAGCAUCUCCUGCUGCCAGCCUUAGUUCUGAGAGUAGUGACUGGUCCAAUGGUCGGGGAAUCGAUUUCCAGAGAGAAGCUGCAAGAAUGCCUGAGGAUCACAGACCAGCCAUACCUACUCUAACCAGUGUCUCCAUGAGAAGUGACUGCUCCAGGGAUAUUGAAGCUCAAUUCAAGGAAGGAGAAACAAGAAUGCCUGAGGAUCACAGACCAGCCUCACCUGCUCUAACCAGUGUCUCCAUGAGAAGUGACUGCUCCAGGGAUAUUAAAGCUCAAUUCAAAGAAGGAGAAACAAGCCUGCCUUACUAUCACAGACCAGCAUCUCCUGCUGCCAGCCUUAGUUCUGAGAGUAGUGACUGGUCCAAUGGUCGGGGAAUCGAUUUCCAGAGAGAAGCUGCAAGAAUGUCUGAGGAUCACAGACCAGCCUCACCUACUCUAACCAGUGUCUCCAUGAGAAGUGACUGCUCCAGGGAUAUUAAAGCUCAAUUCAAGGAAGGAGAAACAAGGGACAGCAACACAAAGGACUACAGGAACUUCUCUUCUCGCGAGCAGCCAGAGCUGCAGCUGGCCGCAGUUUCCCACGGACCAGUGUGA